CGUGACACAACCAGGAAGUGUGAGGAAGGCACAAGGCUGUUUCGCGGCUGGAGGAAGACCCCGCCCCCUAAUGUCUGGCCCUUGUCGACCGGGUGCCGACCCCUCCUGCAUCAUUUCCGGGUUUGCCAUUCAAGUAUUCCAUCUAUAGACUGAAACACCUCGAAAAAGUGGACCUGGGGUGCAAUGAGGACACAUGUCUUUGGGAGGACACACGUCUUGAGAAGGUUUGUAAAGCUCCUCGUCGUCUCCGUCGUGGUUGUCGUGUGUGUUUACGCGUUUCGUACAAGAAAUGGAUCCGUCAAGGAACUUCCACAACCGCUUCCGGCAGAAGAGUACAAACUCCUGUCGCCGGAAACGUACACAUACAUUCUCAACCAGCCUGCUGCCUGCAAAGUCAGAAAACCCUUCCUGGUCUUCAUGGUCCCAGUGGCCCCGCAUGACUACUCAGCUAGGGAGGCCAUCAGGAAAACAUGGGGUACAGCCAGCCAGGACACCCUCACCCUGUUUUACAUGGGGGUCUCUGAGGGGGGGCCGGGGAGAAGCACUCAGGACAUGCUGGGGCAGGAAAGCGGGACUCACGCAGACCUCAUCCAGAUGGACUUCAUGGACACUUACGAGAACCUCACCAUCAAGACCAUGAUGAUUAUGAACUGGCUGGCCACCUUCUGCCCCGACGUCGUCUACGCCAUGAAGGUGGACGCUGACAUAUUUGUGAAUGUCUUCUACCUGGUCAGGAUGCUGAGGCGUUCUCCGAGGCGUGGCUACAUCACGGGGUCGGUCAUAAGCGAUGGCAAACCCAGGAGGAAGGGUGACAGCAAGUGGGUGCUUUCAGAGCAGAUGUACCCCGAAGACGGCUUCCCGCCGUACGUAUCCGGCGCUGGUUAUGUCUUCUCAAUAGACCUGGCCGCCGAGAUCUCCUGGGCCUCCAGAUUCACCCGGAUGGUCCCACUGGAGGACGUGUACGUGGGACUGUGUCUGCGUGUGCUUGGUAUCCGGCCCGCGUACGCAAUAACCUGGCUGACGUUCAGGAACCUGUUUGAGAUCCGGAAUCUGGAGUAUGACCGGUGCACGUUUGCCAGACUUGUUCUGGUCAACGGCUUUCAGUCUUCCCGACUGCUGCAGGUCUGGAAGGACUUCUCACUAGGCCAUCAAAGCUGCUAAUUCCUUCCAUUCUAUGCAGUCGUUAGUUUGGAAUUAUUAGCCAAGGCCGCAUAUUGAAAACUGAAAGGAUGCAUGGCCGCUUUCAUAUUUUGGAAAGCAACAUUUUUGCUGCUUCCCAAAUAUGAUUUUUCUCGUUUCAUUACAACUUUUUUUUUUUUUAGUAUUUUGACUUUAUUCCUGUCAAAUUACUGAUUUUUUCAAUUUAUUUUCCCACCUAAUUUUAAACCAAAUUUUCCCAAAUUUACAAUUUUAUUUAGUUUUGUUUCUCAUAAUACUGACUUUAUCUUUUCCUUUAAUAUUUCAACAAUACAAAACUAAAAUGACGGAAUUUUCUCUCAUAAUAUGAUGACAUUAUUCUUGUAAAAUCACAACUUUUUCUCGUUAGAUUACAACUUUGGAUGGCAACCAGUCCAGGGUCUACCCCCACCUCUCACCUUAAGACAACCGGGAUAGGCUCCAGCAUACCCCUGAGACCAAGGGGACAAGCGGCAUAGAAAAAUGACGGAUGACUGCUUUUUUCUCUUUUAAUAUUUUGAAUUUUUUACCCUCUAAAAUUGCUGCUGUAUUUUUUCAAUUUCUUAUGUUUUUUAUUUAAAUUCCAAAAGUUAGAACUUCAUUUUGUUUUUCAUUUAUUUUCUAUGCCGCUUAUCCUCACCGGUUGCGGGCGUGCUGGAGCCUAUCCCAGCUGUCUUGUACACCCUGGACUGGUGGCCAGCCAAUCACAGGGCACAUAUAGACAAACAACCAUUCACACUCACAUUCAUACCUAUGGACAAUUUGGAGUGGCUAAUUAACCUAGCAUGUUUUUGGAAUGUGGGAGGAAACCGGAGUACCGGGAGAGAACUCCACAUAGAGGUGCCUAGCGGAGAAUUGAACCCAGGUGUUCCCGAUCCCCUGUGGCCUACGUGCUAACCACUUGUCCACAAUAUGCUUUCAGAAAAAUAAUGUUUUUUUUUUGUUGUUUAAUAUUUCAACUUAAAUUUACAACUUUUAUUGUCCAACUUUUUCUCUUAAUAUUUUGACUUCAUUCUUACAAAAUUAUUGUUAAUUUUGCUUUUUUUUUGUUUUCUUGAUUUAUUAUAUUUUCACAAUGUGCCGCCACUGUAGGCCACAAAUGAACCCUGGGCCGCAGUUUUUUUUUCAGUUCCAAAAUUCCAAACAUAAAAAUGACUACGGCAUUCUUUGAUUGGUCAGUCUGCCAGCCUUGGCGGUUCGAGCAUCCCUGCCUUAACACAAACAAAGCAACAUGAUUUGGUUUGUUUGUCUAAUAUAAUAUAACAUGCAAUGAGAGAAUGUGAUGCUAGUCCAGAGCUAAACUAAUUCUCAGAUGUAGCUAGCUUUUACAUUUGAGUCCAGUGCGUAUGACUGUACUUGGAGACCUGCUCGUCGGAAUGAAUGCCUUUUUAGUGUCUUGAUCCAAAGUGCUGUGGUUGCAUACCAAAGGAAGUAUCGGUUUUACUGUAUCUAUCAGUGCCUGCUGGAUUUGUGUUCCACAUGCUGUAAAUCAGAGGUUGGUCAUCCAAGCGAAUGACCAAGUGGUGUUGGGGUAGUUUUAAACAUGCUGUCGCUCUCCUUGGCCCGUCGGUGGCAGGAUUGACCUGAAAAACUGGCUUUGCCUUGAAAUUGCUUUCUUGCUGCUGUAACUCAACCAUGUACCGAAGUACCUUAUUUAUAUCCGAGAUAGGAAAUAACUCAUUUAUGAAUGUAUUUAGUCAUUCACUGCAAAGUGAAGAUUGAUUGGGUGGUAUAGAAGUUGCUUUGGAGUUUAUGUAUUUAUUGUGUGUAUGACCAAGUGUCUGUUUCUACUGCUGAUACUUUUAGUCCAGCAUGUACUGAAUUCACUCUGUCCAUCAAAU